CUCAAUCGGAGCGCGCGGGCCGCAGUCAGUCGCCGGCGCCCCGCGCCCCGCAGCGGACGCGUCGUAUUCACACGCAGAAUCUGUGCCGAUUUGCAAAAGUUUUUUGAAACGGAUCAUCAAAUUGAUUAAAAAAAGCGGUUUUUAUAAAACAUAGAAGAAUCCUAUGAGAAUAUAAUUAAAAUGGACCCGGAAGAAGAAAAUAUUCAUACUUGUGAUGUCACCAUUGACGAUGAAGAAGAAGAAAUCGAGGAACCAGAACACUUCCCAGUUCCUAAUUUUGAACCUAAAAACGAGACGUAUUCACAAAAUGAAUCCAUGGCGUCCGAGUCUCAAGAAGUAACGAUAACAACUGAACAAGACGCGCCAAUGACUAAUCGCUCCAGUACCAGCUCGAAUGAUGGCAGUUCAUCAGACGAUAAUCUCCUCACGCCUAGUGUUUCAAAGAAACCCCGUACUGAAAGAAAAACUAUAUUUGGAAUUUACGCUCAGAAAUCCAAUAUCGAUUUAAAAUGUAGAAUGCCUGGCUGUGACACAGUACAGUGUAAUUACAUUUACAGCCAAGAACAUUAUUUUUUCAAGGCGCCGAUGGCAAACGUGAGUCGGGUAAAUAUUAAGAAAUACGGGUUUCAAACACGACAUUUAAUAUAAUGCAGUACAGAGACAGACACUACAGUCUACAGACGACAGCACCUUGCAUAGCAAUUUGCAAGUAGUUGUAAUGUGGUAUUUUGCAACCAAAAGGUCUGAUGGGCUGUCGUCUGUACACUCGUACUUACAGCGUGACGUUCCAGCUGUUGUUUGCGACAGCCGUGUCGUCACACACAAGCUCUGGUGGCUCGCGGCGCGGUUGUCCGAUCGGGUGGGCUUGAAAUUCUUCGGCUACCCUCAAAUUAAUACUUAUGUAGCUAAUACAUUACAAUUGUCGCAUUUGAGACCCGUGAGUUCAAUGCAGUACUACUAGGUAGGUACUACUUUUAAAGAAUGUCAUUUAACUACAUCAUUCGGGAAAUACGAUCCUUCAUCCUAACAUACUUACACACGUAAAGAAUGGCUAGAUGUUAUCGGUGACGAAAAACUAAUGUCUAAGAUUUUAUCAUCGGAGAAGCCAGCAUCAUAUCCAGUCUAUUUAUGCCAGAAACAUUUUAAGACAGAGGAUUACAUCGUGAAUACGCCGCAUAAAAAGAUUUUAAAGUGGACCGCAGUGCCUAUGCCUUUAUCAAGAGAAAUACCAGUUGAGCACAAGGGCGUGCAGGCCACGCUUGUGACGUCAGACAGCGGCUCCCAGACCGACUACACGAACAUGGAGCAUCAAUCUGUUCAGGUUCGGCCGGUCAUUUUCGGCAACUUUCAGGCUAAACUGGACAAUAAGGUAAUCGAAAACAUAGAAAACACAUUCGACAAGUGGUGCGAUAAAUUUUUACCUGAGCGCCUCUCGGAAAUCAUCAAAGAACAAAAUACCAUCAAGCACAGAGGUCUUGGAAAAAAUAGCGUAGCAUUAGGUUUAACCUUAUUUCAUACCGGCCCACGAGCGCUCGAAUUACUACUAAGCGAGGAUAUGCACUUACCCCGUCGUAGAACAUUACAAAGAGUUCGCAUUCCAGGGACUACUGAAUAUAACGAAGCAAUAAUGAAAGCUUUCGAGAUCAAAAUUCGUAACAUGACGGAACGCGAAAAGUACUGCUCGGUGAUAGUAGACUUGGUAAAAAUAAAGGCUUGCCUAGACUAUGAGGAAGAUAGAAUUGUGGGUUUACAUGACAUUAACGGACGUCAGUUAAUGGAACCAGCUCAAUACGCAGUAGUAAUUCUAACGAGGGGUUUAUUUGUUAACUGGUCUCAACCUAUAGCGUUUGCAUUCUUAUCAAAAUCAAAAAGGCAUUCACAGGUGUCAAAGUGGAUAGACCAAUAUAUAAAAAAACUCCUCGAUAUUGGACUUAAAGUGAAAACUUUUGUGGCUAAUUCUAAAACGGAUCUGUUGAAUGAAGUUGAACUAAGGUCAAUAUCAGUCGACAAACCAUAUUUUUUCGUUAAUGAUGUUAAAAUUUAUUACAUGUUCGAUGUCCCUGAUAUGCUGAUAGAACUUCGUGAUAAGUUUUUAAGUUACAGGUUCCAAUAUCAAAAAGAAAGUGGCGUUGUUGUAGCAACGAUUGAACACGUUAGAAACUAUUUACUUUUUCAAACUCCAAAAUUAUGUGUUGCUCCUAAAUUAUCCCCGAAGCACCUCUCCCCGACUGACGCAGAGAACCGCCAAGUGCGCUACGCGGCGCAACUUUUGAGCCAAUCAGUGGCCUUGGCCCUGUCAACCUCGAACGAACUUCAUUUCAUGGGAUUAGUUGAACCCGUUAAUGAUACUAUCGAUUUCCUAUUGCUGAUGAACAAUCUGUUCGAUACGUUGAACUCCUCGAGUAUGGCAGGAGAGCUAUUCAAGAAGCCUUUUCGUGGAAAUAAAACUCAAAUAGAUUUGCUGAAACAAUCUAGCGAAUUUUUUAAGUCAUUACAAUUAAUCACAGAACAGGCUGAAAAAUGUGAAGAUGCUCAAUUUAUUACAGGCUUCCAAAUAAUGAUUCAAUCCCUUUUACUUUUGUUUAAAGAUUUAAGACUAGAAGGACAUGACUGUUUGUUCACACGAAACCUAAAUCUUGAAGUGUCUAAGAAAAUGUUCAAGCCCGUCAAAUCUGAGGCUGGUGGUGAUGCCGAGACGCCGAACAGCGCGCAGUUUGUGGAUAUUUUCAAUGGUUUAUAUUUGACCCAUUUACUGAAACCGACGAAGGGUAGACACAGCUCGAUGGAUGUGGCAAGGUGUAUUAGUAACCUUAUCGAAGUGGAUGAUUCACAACAAAUUGUGGAUUCGCAUCAUCAUGAGGAAGAGGUAGUGCCGGACAGUUCAACAUCAGUUAUCAAUAUUCCAACUGAAUUCUUCACAGAUCUAAAAAUUGCUGAGCAAAUUAAUAUUGAAGAUAUUUGGAUGGUAUUGUUUAGGAUAUGUCUAAACCACCAUAGCACCUGCGACAGAUUUAAAGCAUUCGUUUUAUCAUUUAGCAACAGAGUAGUUUCAACAAAGAGAACUCCAGAUAUGACCAUACGGGUGAAUUUUAUGAGUUUCAUAGAAAUCAUGGAAAAAGAAUUUUGCGAAGCUAUCAAAAGCUUGGAAACCAACAGUAAGAUCGUCGCGGUGACGUUCGAGAGGCUAAGACGCGUGGAGUUCUCUCCACCAUGUCCGUGCUUCCCAACAGAACACCUCAAAAAGGCUUUUAUCAGAUUAAGGCUGUUCAUGAUAGUCAACUACAAUAACAAAGUCUAUUGUAUGGAUGAUUCUGACUGUAAAAAUGUUAUCAUUCCGUCAAUAAUUUUUACUGGUUAAUUAAUAUGCGAAAGAAAUAAAAACUAUAAUUCUCA